AUGUCCACCGUUCGUCGCUCUGAACCACAGCGAGCAGCAACAUCAAGUGCCAUGGCCGCCGUUCAAGAGAAGCUCACAAGAGGCUCCAAUGCCCAGGCUCCACGAAAGGUUCGCUUCAACGUUGGCAGCACCUACCUCAUUGUCGAUGUAAUCGGUGAGGGUGCGUAUGGCGUCGUCGUGUCGGCCAUCCACCGCCCUUCAAACACAAAGGUCGCCAUCAAGAAGAUUGCUCCGUUCGACCAUUCCAUGUUUGCACUACGAACGCUCCGUGAACUCAAGCUCCUAAAGUACUUUGCAGACCAGGGUGUCAGCGAGAAUGUGAGUCUGUCCCAGUGGUUGCGGCAGGGUAGCACACUGAUGUUCCAGAUCAUUACGAUUCUGGAUAUCAUCAAGCCGUCGUCGUUCGAAAGUUUCAAGGAGGUCUAUCUUGUCCAGGAGCUGCUGGAGACGGACCUUCACCGCGUGAUUCGCACUCAGGACCUCAGUGACGAUCAUUGCCAGUACUUCAUCUACCAGACGUGCCGCGCCAUUAAGGCCCUCCACUCUGCCGAAAUUAUUCACCGGGACCUCAAGCCCUCAAACCUCCUCCUUAAUGCCAACUGCGACCUCAAGGUCUGCGACUUUGGACUGGCUCGGAGCACUCAAACGGCGUUUCCCAACGGUGGCAAGGAGAACGGCUUCAUGACUGAAUAUGUCGCCACACGAUGGUACCGUGCACCCGAAGUCAUGCUGUCAUUCAGAAUGUACUCCAAGGCCAUCGAUAUCUGGUCUAUUGGCUGUAUCCUGGCCGAGAUGCUGAGUGGAAAGCCGCUGUUUCCCGGCAAGGACUAUCAUCACCAGCUGUCCUUGAUUUUGGAUGUCCUCGGAACCCCUACGAUGGACGAGUUCUAUGCCAUCACGUCUCGACGCUCCAAGGACUACAUCCGCAACAUGCCCUUCCGGAAGAGGCGUUCGUUUGAGUCGCUCUAUCCAAAGUCGAAGCCUCUCGCGAUUGACUUCCUUGCCAAGACGUUGACGUUCGACCCCCGUAAACGCUACACGGUUGAGCAGUGCCUCGAGCACCCAUACCUGGAGGCGUACCACGACCCGGAGGACGAGCCGACAGCACCACCCCUCGACUCUGACUUCUUCGACUUUGAUUUGAUGAAGGACGAUAUUACUCGAGACGAACUCAAGAGGCUCCUGUACGAGGAGAUCAUGUCAUUCCACGCGCAGUAG